AUGAACCAUAUCUACCAAGGUACUAUACUUGUAAACCAUAUCUACAAAGGUACUAUACUUGUAAACCAUAUCUACAAAGGUACUAUACUUGUAAACCAUAUCUACAAAGGUACUAUACUUGUAAACCAUAUUUACAAAGGUACUAUACUUGUAAACCAUAUCUAUAAAGGUACUAUACUUGUAAACCAUAUCUACAAAGGUACUAUACUUGUAAACCAUAUCUAUAAAGGUACUAUACUUGUAAACCAUAUCUACAAAGUUAACGUACUUGUAAACCAUAUCUACAAAGGUACUAUACUUGUAAAUCAUAUCUACAAAGUUACUAUACUUGUAAACCAUAUUUACAAAGGUACUAUACUUGUAAACCAUAUCUACAAAGGUACUAUACUUGUAAAUCAUAUCUACAAAGGUACUAUACUUGUAAACCAUAUCUACAAAGGUACUAUACUUGUAAACCACGAAUCUUUAUCUGCUGGGCACGGUAAAGAUUCGCGCCUUUCUUUUUAA